AUGUGCAGCUUGCACGCUUCAGCUCCAUCGUUUGAGGAGGCACCACCACCGCUCAGCACGUUGGUGGAUUUAUACAGGGAGUACUGUAUUCAAGAAGGUUGUAGGAUCAACUCCGCAAUGAUAGAGUAUAUGAAGAACAACUCUGUGUUGCAGCGGAUCACGUUAGUCAACAACUAUGUUGGCCCCAGAGGUUUGCGGCCGGUUAUUCGACUGCUCAAUCGGUGCCAAACCAUCACUUAUGUUGAUUUCGACAGCAAUGGGGCAGACAAUACCACAGUUGAAGCCCUCUUUGAUGUGCUACGGAGUCACAUAGGUGUGACCACUCUCAUUCUGCGCGGCAAUCCUAUAUCUAGUACGGGUGGCAGGCGACUGCUGCAGCUUUUGGAGCUCAAUCCGCGCAUCACGCACAUUGAUGUAGCAGAUACUGAUAUCCCAGAACCCUUGCAAGAACGGAUCUCGGCUUUGGCAAAUCAAAACUUCCGUCGAGCAGAGCACGAUACUCCACAACUCGUCGAGGCUAACCACAGCAUCGAGAAGGGUGAAGCCCAAGGAACCGCGUCCCUAGCCGAGAGAAAUGUGGCUUCUCUACCGCGUCGCCCACACCGUGUGUGGAAGGCGACAGAUGUCAUCGCGCAAAGACCAAGGAUUACCCUGGAGGCUGCGGCGCAGUUUUCUGGCAAAGAUAGCAACGGCACCCCAGCAGCAACCCUAACAUUAGCUGCACACGAAAAGCAACAGCUGUUCGACUCUGCAAACGCUGAUGCUGUGCCACCCCUGUCUGCAAUGGGUGCAUCAUCGCAACUGCCCAGCACACUUCUCAGGGCUAUCCACCAGAGAUUUGAGGAGCGCACUCGUCUGUAUUCAGAAAUCAACGAAAGUGAAAUGCGCAAUAAGGUGGCCGAGGUUCGGGCUGAGGUCGUUGCCGUUGAGAGGAACAGUCAGUUGAGACCGGUGGGUAACCUAAGGACAGUCGCAUUGCCACAGCCGCCAUGUCGGAGGACGGCUGAAACAGACGAGAAUCCAGGGGUCACGCCACAGGUUAUGGACGUCAGCACGGAAGGUCACGAGAGGGAGGAAGAUGGCACUUCCGCCUCUUUUAUUUCCUUUCAAAAACAGCAAGUACCGGACCCUAUGGUAGAACCAGAUUCUAUGGAAAAUCAAGGAAACGACGAUGUUAUAGACAACAAGAUUAACGGUAACUGCGUUACCGAAGCUGCAACACUGGGGGAAAAAUGUACCAUUGAAAAGCCCAUGCCGCGUCCUCUAGCAUCACAGCAUCUCGAGAUAAUGAGGCUGAGGGACCCGAAAGGUGGGACGUUGACGACCGAUGCAAUGGUUGGCAUAUCUACUGAUGAAAGCUUUCAGACGCUCUUUGAUUGUGGCUGUGAUGCUUACGCUCAGAAAGAUCUUGAGGCCGCGUACGUCGCGUGGAACGAUGCUCUCGGGAUUGCGGUUCGAAAGAAUAAUAGAGAGUGGAUAGCAGUACUUAGUUCUAAUUUGCAGCGCCUGAGUUAUGAGCUAGUAGUUGAAGAAGGAGUUGCCUACUUGGACAACGGGUCCCUCACUAAAGCCACCGAAUCCUUCCAGACAGCUCUUGACAUAGCAAGAAAAGCCUACAAUGCCGCUUGGGUCGCAGAAAUGAAAAAAGCUCUAAAGCAUGUUCAAAGUGUUCUCUUUACCCGUUGCUAUGAAGCGGCGCACGAGCUUUUCCGUCAAGCACGUGAAGACUGCGAAAUCAGAAAGUGUACUGGCUCUGAGGGCGACAGUGAUGAGGAAACCUACUACAUAAAUCCAAUUACAAAAGAAAAGGUGCGACAUUCGGUAUAUUUCCUGCGGGAGUGGGCGACCGUGCGGUUAAUUCGAGAGGCUGUCAGGAUGUGGGCUGAGGCGUACCGUGCAGCGCAGCGCGUCAGUGGCGUGGAUGCAGAACCCCUUAAAGCUAACGUUGAGAAGGCGCUGGACAGCGUUGCGCGGUUCGUCUUUGAGCAGCACGUCGAUGUUGAGGAAGGUGAGACCGGCCUAUACGCUAGCUGCCCUAGUUGGCAGCGUACCUCACGAUAUCAGCACAUGGAGCGCGUCAUGCUGACGGAAGUCUGGUUUGAUAUCCUCUGUUGUGUCGAUCAGGGUGUCAGUCAUGUGUUUAUGAAAGUUGUGACCUCACUCCAGCUUGCAAACCUGCAUAUGGGGACCAACCAGCUGGAGCAGGCAGAGAAGCAUCUGAUCUCUGCUGUGGAUGGCAGUAGGAAGCUCCAACACAAGCUUCUGGAGGCAACGACCCUGACGUAUCUUGCUACACUUUACUGGCUACGCUCUUCACAUAGCCUGGCAGAGAGGAUCCUCCUGGACGCUAUCCGGCACUGGGAAGAUCUACUUGCCACGUCGUGUCGUGAAAAAGACGGAGUUAGUGUACUAGGGGAGAUCUCUAUUCCUACAUUUAGUGUACUUUUGAUGCAGAAUGCAUGCAACAGCUACCUUGUGUGUGUACUAGCUGCUACGUACCGUUAUCGUGAGGCCCUGGAGCAACUUGAGCACACACUCAUACACGAAAAUAGCGAUUUGCUCACGGACAAAAUGCUGAGUGCCUUCUGUGAGCACCCGUCGCUAGAUCAGAUUGCAGCCAUAGCUUCUAGAGCACAAACUCCUUUUGUAUACUACUUUCCCGCUCGGCGUCUUAGCUAUAUCACAGAAGCCAACGCCUUUGACAUCGAGGAGAAUCUCUUGAUUUGGCUUGUGCUGCCCUGUGCUGAGAUGCGUUUCGUUGAGAUCAACAUCACAAAAAACUUCAACAUAACCAUAGAGCAGGCGGUGCGUGCAGCCCGCCAGGGGCUUCUAGUGGAACCAAUCGGACAGGAGCGCUCCAUAGGGUACCGCCAAGGGGAAGACCGAACUAUUGACACUGCAACUGGUAUUAUAACAACUCUCCAUCGCAAAGCGUGGAUUGAACCACUACAGAUCCUUUACGAGAUCCUCAUGGAGCCUAUCUACAACUAUAUUAUGGUUCUUGAUCCAGCAGCUGCUAACAAGGACCAUCCUGAGACCGUUCUGACCAUCAUUCCCACAGGCAUUCUAUGGUGUGUCCCCUUCCAUGCCUUGAUCUCGAAAGCGGAGCAGUUUCUGGUGGAAAGUAUCGCGAUCCAGUUUUCAUUCAGUGCCACACAAGUUGCAUUUGCUUCCCUCAAUGCGGAGCGAGUGCAACAGCUGGAUCUGCACCGCGACGUUGUUGUGGUGCCGCUAGAGAUUAGUGCAGGCGCGAAUGGGCUCUCGGGGAUGGAUUCUAUUGACGUGGAGCGCGCGUUGGAGGAGGGUGAAGCAGUGAUGAGUGUCUUGAAAAACGCCAAGUGGCAACGUAUCCGAGAUACCUCUGAUAAUAAGAAUCCCACAGAGGCAAGGAUGGUGAGUACCGAAGUCAUGUUGAGAAGCGCGGAGUCCUUACGCAGUGCGCUGAGCCGUUCCUCCAUCCUACACAUUACAGCACCAAUCCAUACAACGCCAGCUAGUCCGUCCGAUACGGUGGCGGAGCAUUGUCGUGAUCUAGCCCCUGGGGGAGCCCUAUGCCUUCCGACGGAUGCCGGUCUUGUGGAGCUGGUGACAGCGCGAGAGCUCCAACAUUCUGAAAUCUUCGCAGAACUCGUGACGCUAACAAAUACUAAUAUGACCCUGGCAGGUGUCCGCAGCGUACGGGAUGACGUUAUUGGGGUGGUACGUGCCUUCUUUAGUGGUGGGGUCCCGUGCGUUGUAGCUGGUCAAUGGUGCAGUCCUGACAUGAUACCUUCUCUGCUUUUCAAGAAGUUCUAUGAAGUGUUGGCCGAUAAUAAAGGCAAUAGCUGUGUCGCUGUUCAUAAGUAUAGGAAAAGUGGAGCAAUUGUUCCGACCGUGGCAGUCCACAAAGCUAUGUAUCUAGCUAUGGCCAUAAGGCGACUGCUUAAGGAAGAUGAGCAUCUUCGCUACAAUCCAAUGGCUUGGGCCGGUUACUACUGUUUCGGAUGCGGUUAUUUCUAG